GGAAGAGAUUGGAUUGGGUAAGGGUAACGGAUUGCGUUGGGAAUUUGGUUCCGUGAUAAUUUUUUGGGUGGCAUAUAUAUCAAUAUUUAAGCGGGAAAAUAAAAAAGCUUCCAAUUCCAUUUCUCAAAGUAGCUUUCUAAGGUUCGUUUUUCUGUUUUUGUUUUUCAGAGUAUAGUUUUUAUUCUUCCCUUUUCGGCUUUUCCUUUUUUCUCCUUUCUAAUUUGAAAGAUUUAACUGCCGAGGAAAACGAGGAAGAAAAUAACAUAGUAAGAGUGGAUUCUGUACGCUCAUAUGUGUUUGGAGCUGAUUAAGUCAACUGCACUGGUCAUUCUCAAUCCAUAGAGCAUGAAUUCUCCAACUUCACACUUUGUUCCCCCAAGAAGGAUGGGAGUAUAUGAUCCAAUCCACCAGAUUAGUAUGUGGGAAGAGAAUUUCAGAAGUAAUGUUAGUUUAAGUGCAUCAACGCUCUUAAUUGAUGACGCGGAGAUUAAGUUUGACAAUCAGUCAGAAUAUGCUUCUCAUGGAAUACCAGGAACAUCUAAACAAUAUGACCAAGAAGCUAACAGACUUGCUGAUAAGAUACAGAGACGCCUUGCACAAAAUCGAGAGGCUGCUCGUAAGAGUCGUUUGCGCAAAAAGGCCUAUGUACAGCAACUAGAAUCAUGUCGUGUGAAGCUAAUGCAGUUAGAGCAAGAGGUUGAUCAUGCAAAACAACAGGGAUUACAUAUUGGUGGUACUGGAUUGGGUUCUAAUAGUUUGGGUUUUGCUGCCUCUUUAAAUUCAGGAAUAACAAACUUCGAGAUGGAGUAUGGACGUUGGCUAGAAGAGCGGAAUAGACAUACCUUGGCACUUAGAAAUGCUUUAAGUUCUCAUAUGGGUGACGUAGAACUCGGAGAACUUGUAGAUGGCACAAUGAACCACUAUUUUAAGCUCUUUGGCAUGAAAUCUGCUGCUGCAAAAGCUGAUGCUUUCUACGUUAUGUCCGGCAUGUGGAAAUCAUCAGCCGAACGAUUUUUCUUCUGGAUUGGAGGCUUUCGCCCCUCAGAAAUUCUAAAGAUUCUGGUCCCUAGGAUUGAAACCAUGACAGAGCAACAAAGGUCAGACAUAAGCAACCUUGGAAAAUCUUGUCAGCAAGCAGAAGAUGCUCUUUCACAAGGCAUGGACAAACUUCAACAAAUGGUUUCAGAAUCUGUAGCAGCAGGACAACUUGAAGAACAAACUAACACUCCAAACAUGUCUACUGCAAUGGAGAGAUUGGCAGCUCUAGUGAGCUUUGUGAACCAAGAAACAUUGCUGCAAAUGUCUCGAAUACUUACAAAACGGCAGGCAGCGAGGUGGCUUCUUGCCUUGGGGGAAUAUUUUCAACGCCUGCAAGCUUUGAGCUCUUUCUGGGCUAAUCGUCCUCCCAAACCUGCUGAGUGCUUAAUACCUUAGCCUUCGAAAAAUACUGAGGCAACCUGUAACCAAGAUUUCACUAAAAUCAGCAACACAAUUGUUUUUCUUACUCAUUGUUUUUCAUACACCGAGCUGAUUCACUCUCACCUACUAUUGAAUAUUUGAAUGUGUUGUCAAACCCAGUUGAUUUGCGCCUUAUAACUCAUUCAAUGUUAGAUGGGAUUGAGCCAGCUUACUGGCUUGAGAAAUGGAGAUUACAUAUAACACACACCAGAGCCAUGACUCAUGGAUUUGUGCCUAGGUUGCUCCUAUUUUUCUGUUAGUCUUCUGUUACUUGGUUUGUAAAUGCAGAUGCCCAUUUUACGAAAAGAAGUUUGUAACUAUUCUAUAUGGGAGUUGGUCAUGUAAGAAAGAAUGUGUAAAGUUGUGUCCUUCUAAACAAGAAGCUUGUUUUGAACAUGAUACAGAUUAGGUUAGGUAUCAUUUUAGAUUUUUAGGCAUUCAGGGAUUGAACGUGUAAAUAUAGCUGAGGUAAGAUAACAGAGGGUGUGAUAUUCUCUCGAUUAAUCACAAAAAUAAUUGAUUUCUAAUAAGUAAUAACUAACGUAUAAUAAUCCUCUGUAUUUAUUCAUAGGUC